CACUAGCGGCACCCGACUGGAACUACUGAAAGGAAAGCGGAAAGCGAAAAAAAAAAAAACAUUGAAAACAUUCAUCGCAUCUUUUGACCACAGAAUGGCGGACGCAGCUCCAGCCGGUGGCCGUGGAGGUUUCAGAGGAGGAUUUGGCGCUCGUGGCCGUGGUGGAAGGCCUAGGGGUCGUGGUCGCGGAAGAGGCCGCGGACGCGGCAAGGAGGCCGAAAAGGAGUGGGUGCCUGUCACCAAGUUGGGCCGUCUGGUCCGUGACGGCAAGAUCCGUUCCUUGGAGGAAAUCUACCUCUUCUCUCUCCCUAUCAAGGAGUAUGAAAUCAUUGACUUCUUCAUCGGAAGCCAGCUGAAGGAUGAGGUCCUCAAGAUCAUGCCCGUCCAGAAGCAGACCCGUGCCGGUCAGCGCACCAGGUUCAAGGCUUUUGUUGCGAUUGGUGACUCUAAUGGUCACAUUGGUCUUGGAGUCAAGUGCUCCAAGGAAGUGGCCACCGCCAUCCGUGGCGCCAUCAUUCUGGCCAAGCUCUCCGUCGUUCCAGUCAGGCGAGGCUACUGGGGCAACAAGAUCGGCAAACCUCACACAGUCCCUUGCAAGGUGACUGGCAAGUGUGGCUCCGUUCUGGUGCGCUUGAUUCCUGCACCUCGUGGUACAGGCAUCGUGUCCGCCCCUGUUCCCAAGAAGCUGCUCAACAUGGCUGGUAUUGAGGAUUGCUACACUUCUGCCCGUGGCUCAACUGGAACCCUUGGAAACUUUGCCAAGGCCACUUAUGCAGCCAUCGCCAAGACCUACGCCUACCUGACGCCCGACUUGUGGAAGGAAAUGCCUUUGGCCACUGCUCCAUACCACGAGUUUGCCGACUACCUGGCCAAGAACCACCGCGUCGUUGGUGGCGGUCUGCAGUAAACUACUCUGGAAUCUGAAAAUAAAUUGAUGUUGUGGGUCCAGAAUGAAA